AUGGAGCGAGCUAACACCCGUGCAACGUCCCCAUACGAGGAGGAGUUCCAGUGGAGGCUUCAAGAAUCUCUAUCCCAGAAUUAUGGUCCUGCCUCAGAGGAGCAUGACCUGGAAUGGAGGGUGGCAAUCCAAAAUGAAUUCUGGAAGGAGGACCUCGACAUAGCACGACUCUUCCAGAGUGAGAAGCUCACGACCACCGACGAGCACCACUGGGAACAACAAGAGCUGUGA